AUGGGUAUUGAUAUAUUGAUAAUAAAUACUCAUUACUCAUAACUAAUAGCUUUUCAAUUUAAUAAUUAAUAUUAUAGCAGUAUUAAUUUAAUUUAAUGUGAUUAUAUUCAAUUUAUUGAAAGUGUAUUAACUAAUUAUUACUAAAAAACCACUUUACUUGUUUAGCAUAUGUAGGAUUAUUAUGAAUAAAAUGAUGAAACAACAUAGUUUUUUGAAUAAGAGAAACAAAAAAGCAACUAGAAUUCUCCUAAGAUAAUUUAUCGGCGCAGAUUCAGCUCUAAUAAUGCAUAAUUAUGUGAUUUUAUAGAAAUAUGUAAUAAUGAAGAUGGAAAAAUAUUUAAUGAUAUGAAUUUGAAAGAGGGAUAUAUUAAAAUUAAAAAUGCUCAGGUGAACAAUAGAAUUUAUGCUAAAUCUGUAACAAAAAGGAGAACUCCAAUCAGUUUUAAAGUGCGAGGUAGCUCUUGCCAAAAAUAGAGGGAAGAGGAUUAGCAAAAUUUACAAUUAAAUCAGAAUUAUGCUUAUAUGAAGUAAGAUAAAGAUAAUUAUUUGUAAGCUGAGAUAAACAAUUAGAAUGGCUAGAAACAAGAACUCUGCAAUAUACAAACUAAUGGGGCUUCUAAAAAGCUAGCAGUUUCUCCGAUUCAGUUUGAUUAAGAGGAAUAGAAAGAUUAUAAAACGAAUUUUUCAAACAGAUUCAAAGCACACUCACCCAAUAAAGCUAUUGCAAAUUCUUUUGUUUUUAAAAUUCAGCAUGAUUAAGUUAAGAAUUAAGCUCGUGCUAAUUUGGAAACGUCUUUCAAGUCAAACACUGAAACUUUAAGAUAGAAUCGUGUCAAAAAUAAAGUCAUCGACUCAUCAUUUUUAACUGGGAAAAGAGAAGGAAAUUUAGGAUAUAACUCAACUGCAACUACUACAAGUUUCGCUAAUGGACGCAUAAAGAAUUCAGCCACUCCAAUUAUAGAUGUGAACGAUGUUAAUGCUAUAGAUCAAAAAGCGAUACAAAGUAUUAAUCCUAAGACUCUUCCUUUUUUAAGUAGCGAUAGAGGUAUAAAUUAGAAUAAUCAUUUUCAUUUCGGUGAAUUUAAAAUCAGCACUUCUAAGGCAACUGAGCUAUUUUAAAACAAUAUUCUGCCAAAAACCCAAAAAUAGUCUGGAAAUAACAGUAAUAACAACUAGAUAUCCUAGAGCGUAACGGCUACUAUAACUUACAAUAGUAAAGAUAAUAACUAAGGAAACACCAAUAAACUAAGCAAUCUCAACAGAACAAAAAAUAAUACAAUAUGCACAAAUCAAAAUAUUAUCUACAAACACAAUAGAUAUUCCUCAAAUACUCCGUCUAAAAGAGUAAAAGGAGUAUUAAUCAAUUCCGUUCUAAGUGAAAAUUAAUCAAACAAGGAGACUUUACAAGCAAGUAAUAGGAAUAGCCAGAUUCGUAAACGAUAGCAAAUAAUAUAAAAAUAAAAUAAUAUUCUUGCAAAUAGUAUUUAGCAUAUUUAUUCUAAUUUAGAAGAAAAUGCUGGUUAAUUAUCAAAGAAUCGGAGAAUAAACAAUACAACUAAUUUUGAUUCAACUAAUUUUUAAACAAAUGAAAAUUCAGAAAAAGCAAAGUAAAAUCAAGCAAGUAACCCCAUUCAGUAAGCAAUUAACAAAUAAUAAUUUAACAAGAUUUUUGUGAAUUUUUCAAAGCUGAGGAGAGAAGGAUAGGAUCUAGGCAAGGGAUUUCUAGGAUCCAUUUUAACAAAUGCUCCAAAACACCCAAUAUAUAAUCAAAUUAGCCAGAGGCAAAAGAAUAGUUUGAAUGUAGAAAGUAGAAUUAUUAAAAAAGAAAAAGAUCCUAACUAGAAUUAACAUUGCAACGAAGAUGAUUUGUAAUAUCCUAAAAAUAGCAAUAAAGCAUUAGAGAUGGUUGAAUCUCUGGUAUAAAAAAUAAAUUCUUAAUUAAAUGAUCUCUAAGUUAAUUUAAGUAUCAUGAAAUCCUCAAAUAAAAUUUUGCUUGAUGCAAUUGAAUAAAAGGAGAGCACUGAGAUAUUUCAUCAAAUUGAAAAAUAUACUGAUACUACUACUGCUACUUCUUCUUCUUCCUCUAAAUAAAUAUCAAAAAUACAAAUUAAUAAAUUAAUUCCCCUAAUGAAACAAUGCUUCGAUUCUACAUAUGAUUUAAGUGACCCUUCAACAAUUGCAUUCUUGCAAACGGAUAACGAAGAUUCUGAGCAAGAAGACAAAAACAGCUCACGUGAAACAAAAAAUGAAAUAAAAUAAAAUUAUAAUAAAUGA